AUGGAGAAGAACGAUGGGCAUGGGGGUUGGUCGACCAUGGCGCCACCAUGGGCGAAGAUGCCGCAGCGGAACAUGCAGGCUACACAGGACGCGUAUGCUGCAGGAUUCGCUGAGGGGCAGGCGAGGUUCGAGGCGUGGGUGCAACAGGGAGGGUUCAACAGACUCUUUGCUGAGAAUUGCGCGGUGAAGACAGCAAUGAGCGGGGCGAUCGGAGGAGGAGGAGGGAUCCUUCUGGGCGCAUUCCUCGCACCUUUCGACGGUGUGAAUGGACUGAGGGCCGCGGAGACUACAACGGCAAAGGAAACUGCGAUAGCGACCUGGCAUCAUACAGCCUCGAAAGCAAAAUCCAUGGGAAAGACGUUUGCAGCUAUCGGGGCGGUAUACUCGCUCAGUGAAUGUCUUGUUGAGCGGUAUCGAGCUCGCUCUGACCUCAAGAACUCCGCCUACGCUGGCUGCUUGUCCGGGGCGUUCCUAGCACGCAAAGCUGGAGGAGUGGGGAUAGCAGGAGGAUGUGCAGGCUUUGCUGCAUGGUCACUAGCCAUGGAAUCAUUCAUGCAUUCACCAGCGGGGGAAUCCAUGUUCAAGACACAGGAGCAUUCAUAG